GGGGAAGAAAAGAAAAGAAAAGAGAAGAAACCCCCGGAAAAACACAAGCCCUAUAAAUCGAGUCGGUUGUCUUUCUUCACAGACAGACAGCGCCCAGAGACUGCGGCCAGGUAGAGUGGGGUGUUGUUAAAGAGCACGCGCGCCUAUGCCCAGUGCCGGGGAGAUGGAAGACGUAACCGUCUUAAGCGGAGACGACGCAGCUGCCAAGGGCGGCGCUGCUAUUGGAGCCGCCGGCGACGUUGAAGGACCGAAGGACGACGGGAGCGGAAGCAGCGGCGGCGGCAGCGGCAACCGAGCGAGGAAGAAUUCCGGGGACAGAGUGAAGGGGCCGUGGUCGCCGGAGGAGGACGCGAUUCUAAGUCGUUUGGUUAGCAACUUCGGGCCGAGGAAUUGGAGCUUGAUCGCGCGGGGCAUCCCCGGGAGAUCGGGGAAAUCGUGCCGCCUCAGGUGGUGCAAUCAGCUCGACCCCGCAGUUAAGCGCAAGCCUUUCUCUGAUGAAGAGGACCGCAUCAUUGUUCAGGCCCAUGCUAUUCAUGGAAACAAAUGGGCAUCAAUUGCGAGGCUUCUCCCAGGGAGAACAGACAAUGCAAUUAAGAACCACUGGAAUUCUACAUUGAGGCGCAGGUGCAUGGAUCAUGGCAAGUUCAAGUUUGAAUCGAGCAACAUGAUGGAAGACAACAGUGUGGACAAGUCCAAAGCUUCGUCUGAAGAAACUCUAUCAUGUGGAGAUGUCAAUUCACCCAAGCACUUGGAGGGAAAAGAUGUCAGCUCCCGAGACAAUGUGAAAGAGCCGUGUGAAGACAAAGAUCAAGCAGAAGGUCAACCCAGCAAUGAAGCAAGAGAACCACCUACGCUAUUCCGUCCUGUGGCACGUGUCAGUGCAUUUAACGUCUAUAAUCCUCCAGAUGUUCCAGAAAAUGCUUCCUCAUUUCCAAGGCCUAUUCCCUUACAAGGGCCUUCAAUUCAAGCCCCAAGCCUAGAGGUUGGGCUCUACAAAUUCCUUGAAGCAUCUUUUGGAGAUCGAUUGACACCCCACCAGUGUGGCCAUGGUUGCUGUGGGCCUGAAAGCAAGGGAAGCUCUAAAAGUUAUUUGCUGGGGCCUGAGUUUGUUGACUAUAUAGAGCCUCCUUUCUUUCCAACUUUCGAAUUAGCUGCACUAGCCGCAGAUAUAGGUAAUGCUGCUUGGAAGAGGAGCGGGUUGGAACGCAGCAUCAUCACAGCAGCAGAAGAUGCGACUGCCCAGGUUAGGUUUGGAGUGCAUCAUCUUCCCAUGGGUCAUAUUGACAAUGAGAGCCGAAAGAGGAGCGGGAACUCACUUGUAGAAAGGGGACAGAACAAGGUGGCUCGAGUGACCACUGAUUCAGCAGCACCAGCAGCAUCACCAUCAAAUGGAAGACAACCCAUUACUGCACCGGCUAAAGUUGAAGGCCAGAGUUGAUCUGAAGCUGUGGCUUUUCUUGAAGCCAAUUGAACUUUGCCAAAAUUCAGUCACCCGAGGUAGGAGAACUUAAAUCAGUUAUACUAGUUAUUAGAAUUGCGGUACUAAAAGUAGCUGGAGCUCGAUUUUACGGGCAGAUCUUUCAAAUGGUUUCUGUAGCUAGUUGGAUUCAGUCUUCAGGGUGAUGGUAAAUUAAUCUUGUAGAUAUGAGGUAGCUUUGGUGGGUAAGUUAUGGUGGAUGGAAAGCAGAAACCUUCAUUUUAUAAAGGUAGAUGCUUUACUUAAAUGAAAAAAUUUGGCCCGAUCCGUGCUGAA